AUGAAUGAAGCGCAGGUGAAGGACAUGAUCCAGCAAUGGAGAACCACUCCAGAGGACAACCUAAAGUUAAAGGACUACCAACAUUUCCAGAGUAUCGGAUCGGCCUGUCUCUCUCAGGGACAAACUACACAGCUUCUUAAGUUCAUUCAGGAUGACAACAAUAAGAUGAUUGUGAAGUCUAUGGGCUGCACGCUUCUGUCUCCACUACUCUGUCAAAUACUCACCAGAGAAAAAGACCAAGAUCUCUGUGAAAUUGCAUUUACAUAUCUGACCCAGACCUGCUGUCCAAAGAAAAGCCUCCAGAGUCUGAUGGAGCUGCUCAAAGACAUUGACCCAGGGGCCAUCUCAGAAACCAUUGUGAUUCUCACUCCACAUCUGCAAACAGUUCUGCUCAGACUCGACACAGACCAGGCCUCCUCUCUGGGGCUAUGCCUGUCCUCCUUGCACUCUCAACUGUGUCGCUUGCCGGUGCCCUACAGCCAGGAGCAGGAGGACCCUUAUGGCCUGGGAGCCUGCUGCUCCGCUCUGGCCGCAUUCACCAGGCCCUUUGUGCAGAAGGUGAAACUCAACAGCAGCAAAUGGGUCACCAGCAAAGAGGACGAGGGGCUCCGAGUGGAAAUACUCAAUUUUUGCAUGAGGAGUUUGAGGGAGCCAUUACUUGAGGCGCAACUGGAAAAGAGCCGAGUAUCUCCACUUUGGCUUUUCGCAAAUUAUAUAAUGAUGACACUUUAUGAAGUCCAAGAACCGCUCCCAGAACUUUUAUUCUUCAAUUCUUUGAGGAAAUACAUCCCGAACAACGAACAGUGUGUAGAGUCCAGAGCGUGUGUGGCCUACUUGCUCUUUGUCCAGCAGAUCUCAACAGACAGCUUCCCGGCCGUAUUCAGCCCCACAUUUAUUCUCCAGGGAAACAUGCAGUAUAUUGACCAACUGCUUAGUAGCAAAAACGAAUCCUACUUGCUCAAAGGAAUGGAACUUUACACAAAAAGCUUGGAGACGAUUGAGGAUCGCAGUCUCUCAGUAAAACUGCUAGAACUCAGCAUUUUCUGCAGUGUCUCACAGAAACUUUGUUGUAUUCUGCGAGAGUGCCCAAUUAAACAUUUGAAAGAAAACGGACUCCAGAUUUUACAGCUGUUCAUUGACAAAUUAAACACUGAAGCCAAGCACAAGUUUUUUAGAUGCAUGUUAAAAACCUGCCACCACUCGGGCAUAGAGGGCUUCAUAGUGAAACACAUCAGGAAUGAAGUUGAAUUCUCCCUAAAGUCUGAAAAUGAAAAUAAAUGGUUCCUUGGUCCUGAGCUCUCACCGUUGUUGGGGCUCGUGCUUGGUUUGCCUCAGGGUCCAGAAACAGAUCUACUCAACAACAUGGACAAAAUCAUCGAAAGCCUAAAUCUUCUGCGGUACCUUCUUCUUCGAGGAAAAGAAUUAGCAAUUCAUACUGAAGUGUGGACAGAGCUGUGCAGGUUGAGAGACAAGUAUCUCAAAAUGCUGCGAGUUUGUCUCAGUUUAUCCAGAGCUUACUACACCUCUGAACUCAAAUCCCAGCUGGAGGAUCGCAAACUGAUGGCUCAAGAGAUCAGAGCAGCAGCCAAAGACAAGGCUUUACUCCUGAAAAUCAAACACAAACAGGAGAGAGUGUCCAGCCUGCCUCCAGAGGUCCGGCACCAGGUUUUAGAGAGUGCCAUGGUAACUUUCGACCUGAUGGAGAGCCUUAUUUUCCGCAUUGAGGAGAUAACAGCGGAAAGGAUAAAGCCUAUGUAA